AUGGCAGGCCGAGUUCCUACUGGGUUUGCGGCGGAGACAUACAUCAGCGAACACACCUUCCGACAAGGGCAUCGAGCAAUCGAGGGAGGCAACACGAAGAAGAGGAAGCGUGAAGGAAAGGGAGAUACCAGUAUAGUUGCUGGCGCAGGAGCAUACAAAGGACCUUGGGCAAGAUACGAGGAGGAACGGCCGGAUGCUGCUUCAGAUGACGAAUAUGGUAGCGAUGAAGAGGUGGAAAUAGUAUACGAAGAAGACGAGAUUGAGGACAACCCAACAGCUGCGCCGGGAAAGCUUUCCGGCACGGACUAUCAAGACACCGAAGCUGCUGGAGAGACGAGCGAGUUCGUGGGUAGCCAGCAGUACGAUUACCAGGGCCGGACGUACAUGCAUGUGCCGACUGACCUAGAUAUCAAGCUCACCGGUGACUACGAACCCAAGAACUUCAUACCGAAGAAGCUUGUCCACACAUACAAGUACCACACCAAAUCCAUCACGCAGGUCCGCUUUAUCCCAGAUAGUGGUCACCUUCUCCUCUCUGCCUCGGCCGACUCGAAGAUUGCUCUGUGGGAUGUAUACCACCAACGCGAGCUGUUACGAACGUUUUCGGGGCAUACCAAGUCUGUCAACGACAUCGACUUCAAUCCUACUGGUACACAAUUCAUAUCUGCGAGUUAUGAUCGGUACAUGAAGCUUUGGGAUACGGAAACGGGCAAAUGCCUGAAUAAGUUCACCAGUGGGAAGACACCGCACGUGGUGCGCAUCAACCCGUCUACACCCCACGAGUUCCUUGCUGGCAUGAGCGAUAAGAAGAUCCUACAGUAUGACACGAGAAGCGGGGAGAUGGUCCAGGAAUACGAUCACCAUCUGGGCCCUGUCAACACCAUUACCUUCUGCGACGAGAAUCGCCGCUUCAUCACAACGUCCGACGACAAGUCGCUGCGUGCGUGGGAAUACGGCAUCCCAGUCCCCAUCAAGUUCAUCGCCGAACCAUACAUGUUUCCCAUGGUCCGCUCUGCGCCUCACCCUUCGGGCAAAUACGUCGCAUUCCAGUCCUCCGACAACCAAGUCACCGUCUAUUCCUCCACCGACCGAUUCCGCCAGAACCGCAAGAAGAGCUACAGGGGCCACAAUGUUGCGGGCUAUGCUCCUGACAUCGCGAUAUCACCUGAUGGGCAGUUCAUCAGCUCCGGUGACAGCGGCGGUUACUGUGUGUUCUGGGACUGGAAGACGUGCAAGAUGUGGCACAAGAUUCAUGCAGGUGAUGCGCCGGUUCUGGCUGUUCAAUGGCAUCCGAGGGAGACGAGCAAGGUCAUCACUGGUGACUUGAAUGGUGCUCUUAAGUUCUGGGAUUAG